UAGAUUAAUUUUUUUAGGUACAAAAUUGCUUUGAAUCUUCGUCAUGAAGUUCAGUUACUUUUAGAGAAAAAAGAUCAUGAAAAUGCAAUUUUAGUAUUGUGUGUUGUGUUUGAAAAAUUCAAAUCUGCUGUAUGUGAUAAAUUCAUUGUAGAAUCACUAUUAAAAAUACCUACCUAUAUGCGAAAAUACUCUGCAAUAUCUGUAUACGCCCAUACAUUGUUCAAAAAUAUAACAAUAUUAAAAAAAUGUAAUAGUAAUAAAGACUUGUGCAAAGAAGUGUUGGAAUUUUUAUUAAAACAUAAGGAAUUUUCAAUAUCAAAACAAGCCGAUUUACAUAUUGAAUUAGCCAAAGUUUUUGAAUCACAAUAUAAACAAUUAGAUGUUGCAGCAAAUAUAAUACUUAAUGGCCUCAAGGAUGACAAUAUGACUGAAUUGGGUCGUCAGAUGUUGUCCAAAAGAGCAGUGAUGUAUGCAAAUCGAAAAGUCAGGAAGUUGAAUAAUGAAUUAAAAAAUGAAUUAUUGAGUGUUGCUUCAAAGUCAGAAAAACAACCACCUAGUACAACAAUAAAUGGACAAAUAAUUUCUAUUAAAGAAAAAGGUUCAUCUGGUCGUAAGCAAGUUUAUUCAAAGAAGACUGAGAAUGGUGAUUUACUUUACAUGUCUGUUGAAGAACUAGCCAUAUCACACUAUAAAAGUCAAGGAUUUAUGAAUGGAUUGCAUGACGAGGGUCAGCUUAUAAAGUCAAUGUUCUUACUAUGUUUUUGGGAAAUAAUAUAUGGUAGUUAUGCACCACAUGUUCUUUUCAUCAGCCCUUAUCAAGAUUGCCCGUUGGAUUGGAGAACUCGUCAUUUCUAUAAAAUUAGAGAACAACAAAUUAAAGACCGAAUGGCAGAAUUGAAACAAAUGAAUGUUGAUCAAAUAUGUGAUAUGUUGAAAAAGUGUUGUGAUGAAUACUAUGAUACUCAAUCUGUAGUAAAUUGGAAAUAUAUGAAUGUUGAUAACUUACCUUUAUGCCGGACAUUGUUAGAGUGUGUUGGAAUAGAAGUGUUCCUUGCAAUUGGAGAUCAAAUAUUGAAAGAUGGCAGAAUUUAUUUGCAUGGUAUGCCAGACCUUGUUGUUUGGGAUGUUUUUAAGCAUAAGUGCAUAUUUGUUGAAGUAAAAGGGCCAAAUGAUAAAUUAUCAGAAAGACAAUAUUCUUGGUUACUUAAGCUUAUGGAGUUUGGUGCUAAUGUUGAAGUCUGUCAUGUUGUUGGAACUGGAGGAAAAAAUAAUAACUGCCAAACUAGUAGUCAAACCUGCGAAAAUAUAAGCUAAUAUUGAGGAUAUUAUACUAUUAAUUUGUUUUGUUUGAACAUUGGAUACAUUUAUAUUGUAUUCCUUAUUUUAAGUUAACCAGAUUAUAUUAUGUAUUGUGUUGAAUAGAUUAUAAUAUGUAUUUUAUAUUUUUAUAUUAUUAUUAUUACCACCGCUUACAAGACUAUUCGUUUUAAUUUCCAAAUCAUGUGAUGUAUCAGGCAUAUAUUUGUUUUUAUUUUAUGUUUUAAA